AUGGCAAGGUACUCUUUCUACUUCGGCAUCGAGAUCGAGCUCAUUUCCGAACCUCACGUAGUCCGACACCCACUGGGCCGAAGGUUUUACUACGAGAAACUCGCUGCGUCUCUCCGCUCCCAUGGCCUUGAUGCAAAGGCAGAUUCCCUGGCAGGCAGAUACCGCAAGCAUUCUGAGCAUUACGACAAAUGGUUCCUGACAAAGGAUGGAUCGCUGGGCAACCCAGCCCACCCUGCCACUGAGUCGAAAGUUCCCAUAGAAGCCGUGUCCCCAGUGCUCAGCACCAGCGAACAGUGGGAAACCGAGAUCGACCUAUUCUGGACCUCCUGGAACCGGGUCUUCGAAAUGCCUCGCCGCUCCGCCAAAUGCGGCAGCCACAUCCACGUCUCCCCUGGGCCCAACAAGCGCUUCACCAUGACUGAAUUGAAGAAUAUCGCCUGCGGCAUCGUCUUUUACGCGAACAACCUGAGCGACAUGCUCCCCCGCUCCCCGCCGCAACAACGCGUACUGCCAGAAAAACUGGCAAGCUUCACUCGUCGGCGUGUGAUUUGGAAGGUCGAUGACGAGCAGGAGUUGAGGCGCUUUAUGCAAGACGACCGGCGUGUGAUGUGGAACUUCGAGCACAUCGUCCCCGGCGCCCGCUGUACCGGCACUAUCGAGUUUCGAAGUGGGCGCGGUCUCAGAGGCCCCAACCGGACAAAAUGGUGGAUUGCCUUUGUCGUAUCAUUCAUCCAGCUCUGCAUAUCCAGUAAACUCUUCCCUUACAAAAGCGCAAGCGAUCGUCCACAGACAGAUUACUUCUGGCAAAAGAUCAAAAGAUACGCCCACACUAUUCAAGUCGCAGACGACCUGCCGCCAGACUGGCGCGACCUGAACGAGUCCUACAGUAGUGAACAUUGGGAAGACACGGUGGACGGCGACGAGGACGAAUCCGAGACAUCGUCGAUCGUGUCAAAGAGUGCUUCCGAGUACUCGGAUUCGGACUACACAUCGGGGGACGAGAGUUAA